AAAAUUUAAAUUAACAACAUUUUACUGAGAGAGCUGGAAAAACAAAAAAUUAAUAAUAGUGCACUACAGCAUUUAUAGUGGAAUGUGAAAAAAAUCAAUUUCCAAAACAUCUCAACUAGUGUGAACGGUUGGGAUGUUUUCCAAAACGACAUAAGCAAAUCCAGUCAAUGUAGACAUAGCAUUACUCCCCUCACACAAACUAAGAACCACCACAAGUAAUAUUACGAUUUGAAACAAAUAUGGGAACACACCUUAUAAGUCAUAAAAUAAUAUAUUGCUUCCUGCCGAAUCUUAAAGAACCUCUUCAGGACAAAAAUUAGCAAAGUUUAGGAUAUUAUGUCCCAGGGAAAAAAUAAAAUUAAAUUUCAAGGAAAGGAAUGCUUCAGCAGAAUGAAUUUUCUUUAUCAAGCCUCCAUAUUGAUGGCAGGGAAAAAUGACUGUUUAGCAUCGUAUUACGGUGAACUGUGCAAAAAUAUUGGAAAAAAGUCUGUAUUGAGAAUGGAGCCCAGUAUCAAGAGAACAUUGUGCAAACGUUGUUCUUUGGCUCAGCAACCUAGCAUAACCUCCGAAAUCCUUGUCCGAAAGGGGAAAACGACAAAUAUUUAUCCCACAUCCUCCAUAGAUGAGAGCUCCGAGUUGAUAUGCAAAUGCAAGUUAUGUGGACAUAGCAAAAAAUUCGUUGUCAAUUCUAGUUAUAAGUUUUGGUUAGAAAAUAAAGAUGAAUCAGUGGCUGAAGUUUUGGAAACAGAGGGGUCAAAGAAUCGGCGUGUAAGCACAUUGGUGCUGUCAAAAACAGCUGUGUUAAAUAAACAAACUGAACAAAGACAAAACAUUCAGUCAAUUGGACAUUAGACCCGA